GCCAAUGGGGUCGGGCUGUGCAGAGAGGUGCGGGGCAGUCGUGACAUCAGCACCAUUAUGGAGUAAUUUCAUUACGCCGUGAGCCAGAGCUGUAAUCAUUCAGAGCAGAGCUGUAUAAAGGGCGGGAUCGUCGUCCUGGGCGGAGCCAGACCGUACAGUCCACCGCUUUCUCUCGGAACUACACGCCACCUCUCCCGAGCAACCAGCAGAACCAGGCCCGUAGUAGAGUCUUUCCGAUCAGCGGCGGCGACUUGCUCUGGCACAGACGGUGAAACUUUCCCCCGCCGCCACGAAAGUCAGACUUCCAGGAGUGACGAAACAAGUGACGGGAGGAUUCGACCCCGCAGACAAGUUUCCCAGCCUGACUAGAGACAGGGGAGACCGGAAAUUUCGGUCGGGCCUACCUGCGACCCUCUCCCGAGGAACCAUGGAAGAGUUGACGGCGUUUGUGUCCAAAUCGUUCGACGGGAAGGACAAGUCGGAGGAGAUACGCGAAGAGCGGACGUACAAGGAAGUUCUAGGGGACUUGAAGGGGGACAUAGACCAGAGGCACGGGGACUCGGGAGCUGAGUCCGAUGUAGACGGGGACGAUCUCUGCCCCGUGGGGUCCCCGGGGCUUCCCGUGGGUCUGGGGGCAGGAGACAACAGUCCAGGCCCAGAAAACAAAGACCCGUCCAAACCCGGUGAGAAGAAAGACGACCUGGAGUCGCCCAGCUCGAAGGACGGGAAGCUGAAGCAGCGGCGCUCCAGAACCAACUUCACCCUGGAGCAGCUUCAGGAGCUGGAGCGCCUGUUCGACGAGACGCACUACCCAGACGCCUUCAUGAGGGAGGAGCUCUCACAACGACUCGGCCUGUCAGAGGCAAGAGUACAGGUCUGGUUUCAAAACCGGCGAGCGAAGUGUAGAAAACAAGAGAACCAGUUACAGAAAGGUGGAGACAUGUUGUGUUCAGCGUUGCGAGGCAAUCUGACCACGCGUGUUUCUGCCCCCUCAGGUAUGAUGAUGGGCUCCAACCUCGACACCUGCCGAGUCGCACCCUACAUGAACAUGGGCACAGUGCGCAUGCCCUUCGAGAGAGUCCAGGCACACCUCCAGUUCGAUGCUGCUGCGCAUGCGCCACACCCAAGCAUGAUGCUCUACGCGCCUGCGCCGUACGCGCUCCCCAUCACGUCCAUGGCUGGUUCCCUGGCCGCGGGGUCACUGGAGGUCACCAAGAAUAGCAAGAACAACAGCAUCGCGGACCUGAGGCUGAAGGCACGUAAACAUGCCGAGGCGCUCGGGUUGUAAACAAGGGCAAAGGUCAACCUGCACAUCAUACUUCAUCUCAGGAAAACUCACCGUUUUAGAACUUUGAAUGGAAGGUGUUACAUCUUUACUUGUUACUUGAUGCAAGUGAUAAAUACUAGCAAGUCCCGAGCAGUAAAUACAAAUGCUAAGACUUUUUGCUCGUAUGAGCGAGCUUUCCCAAAACUGUUUGUCACAUGAAAGCAGCAUUACACGCGUUUUUGGAAGAUCGCAAGCGCCAAAAAAAUAUAAUUGUGUUGCUUUUGGUAACACGUUUCUAUUUCGGUGCAAAAUCCAGAAGAUGAGUCUUUCUCUUCGUUCUGAGGUUGAACACCUACCAGUCUUUGGUAGGAAACAAAUGAAUUCCAUUCAAUGUGCGACGCAUUGUAAUGUGGCAAUAUUGAAAGUCUUGCACAGAGCUGCAUUCGAGUUGUUGCCACGUGAUGAUCACGUGAAGGACAACUGUACCACUUGAAGCUGGUUUCAUGGCUUGAGCAUGAUGGAGGCAUGAGAACUUGAUAGAUCACGUGAUAGAUCCGUACGUUCGCGUGAUCGAUCCGUGAUAUUUACAUGUACAUCUCCGUCGAAUGUCUACAUGUCAUUAUAGCAAAGCGACAAGAAAGAUGGCAUAUUUUGUAUGAGGUGCCCUCUUUGAGACUUGACAACGCGUUUCACUUCUCUCACCCAAGCCAUUUACACACACAAAGCGAUUGAUGCGACCAUAUCUGUCUUGCUGACAUAGAGUCAUCGUGUAAUAUUUUUAUUGUGGCCCAACCAUGCAACCUUGAGAACACAGUCCAUCGUGCAAAUAUAUAUUUCAUGGCUAGCCAUGGUCCAUGCUGUCCCUUUUAGCAAGAUGCGAUACGUUAAAGUAUUGUUCGCUACCUGUCUUUUACACUGGGUGCAUAUGAGCAAGAUCAGCCACGAUUGUAUUUUGCCAAUAACUUUGACCAAAGCUGUGGUAUUUUGCGAGUCAUUUUUAUGAAACAUUUGAAGCAGCGUAGUUGUAGAAACUUGCAUCUUUUAGUUUUACUCUGUCGAGUAGAGCGCCUUACGUUGACCAUUGCAGCCGCUUAAAAGCAAGACUUGAAGACAUGUACCAAUCAUAAUCAUGGAAUUUGAUGCUAUCACUCCAUCAGAUCAAUACAAUGCCACUCAACCUGAAUUCGGAGGACGAUUAACAAGAGAAAGCUUGACCAGAUACCCACCAGUAUUGUUGGACCCCUCACGGUGUAGCUCCCAUUCACACAUCGCAACACCACUACACAGGACCCGUAUACGACGUUUGUAUAUCCGUGCUUGGUGUAUAUGUUUGUACAUAAUGUGAUAUUUAUUGUCAGUAUGUGUGUGUAUAUGUUUGCAUGGUUCCCGGCAUAUGGGGCGCUGGAACUCCAUGUAAAUUGAUUAAAGGUGGGACUGUCGAGGCAGUCGAUUGGCUAAUGAUGAUUAAAUCUUUAAAACUGCAA